GUUACAAUACCAUUCCUCUUCGUCUUCUUCGUCUUCUUCAAUGCUCGUCUCAACCUUUUAAAGAGAAACCCCAGAAGAAGAGGGACUACGCUCCCAAAACCCCGUCCCCCAAAACCGCGUCCCCCAAAACCCCGUUUCCACCACCGCCACCGCCGCCGCCGCCGCCGCGAUGGGUUUCACGGUGACGAAGAUCUCGGAGGAGCGGGUCCGACCGGCCGGUCCGACCCCGAGCGGUUCGCUCCCGCUGGCGUGGGUCGACCGGUACCCGACCCACCGGGGCCUGGUGGAGUCGAUGCACAUCUUCACCAAGGCCACCGAACCGGCCCGGGUCAUCAAGGAAGCCCUCGCCAAGGCCCUCGUUUUCUACUACCCCCUCGCCGGUCGAAUCGUCGAACCGGUUCAGGGCGAACCGGCCAUCGAUUGCACGGCCGAUGGGGUCUAUUUUGUCGAGGCCGAGGCGAAUUGUAGCUUGGAGGAGGUGAAUUACUUGGAGAGGCCCCUCAUGCUCUCCAAAGAUGAGCUCGUCCCCUACCCUAGCAAAGAGGAUUGGGAGAUCGAACCCGCGAAUACGAUUAUGAUGAUGCAGAUCACGACGUUCACGUGCGGCGGCUUCGUGAUGGGGCUGCGCUUCAACCACGCGUCGGCGGACGGGCUGGGGUCGGCGCAGUUCAUCACGGCGGUGGGGGACCUGGCCCGGGGGCUGCCGGAGCCGGCGGUGGAGCCGGUGUGGGCGCGGGAGACGUUCCCGAACCCGGCGGUGAGGCCGGGGCCGCUGCCGGAGCUGCCGGUGCUGGCCCUGGACUACAUCGUGCUGGACUUGCCCGGCGACUACAUCAGCCGGCUCAAGUCCCAGUACCUGGAGCACAGAGGGCGGCACUGCUCCGGGUUCGACGUGGUGGUGGCGAAGCUGUGGCAGUGCCGCACCCGCGCCCUGGCCCUGGCGGCCGACAGCCCGGUGAAGCUGUGCUUCUUCGCGAGCGUGCGGCACCUGCUGAAGCUGGAGCGCGGGUACUACGGGAACUCGAUCUUCCCCGUGAAGAUGUCGGCGGCGAGCGGGCGCAUCGCGGCGGCGGGGCUGAUGGAGGUGGUGGACAUGAUCAGGGACGCCAAGCGCAGGAUGGCCGGGGAGUUCUUGGAGUUCGCGAAGGGGGAGGUGGCGGCCGACCCCUUCCAGAUGACCUUCAACUACGAGUCCGUCUACGUGUCGGAUUGGAGCAAGCUGGGCUUCGCCGAGGUGGACUACGGCUGGGGCCCGCCCAAGGUGGUGGGCCCCCUCGUCAACAACGACUUCAUCGCCUCCUGCGUCAUCCUCAAGGCGCCCGUGCCCCUCGACGGCGCGCGCAUGCUCGCCAGCUGCGUCACCAAACAGCACUCCCACGAGUUCCUGCGGGGGAUGAAGGAUUUGGAGUGACCCAUCCAGUGACCCAGCGACCCAGCGACCCAGUGACCCAGCGAUCAGCGAUCAGCGGCAGGAUUAAAUUAAUUAUUAUUUAUAUUAUUAUUAUUAGUCACACGCUUUUUUUUUUACUUCUUUACACGUACGGACCCGGAUGUACUUUCUUAUUUGUGUUUUUUUAGGAGCUUUAUUAUUGGCAGUUUACUGAGGAUGUUUGUUCCGAACUAAUAAAAAUAAAAAGGUGUAUUUGCUCUCUUCCUUUUUUUUUCU